GACACGCCCACAAGUCUACUGAGAAACAGAUACACAAUACUAUCAGGUCAAACUGAUCCAUAGGCUCAGCUGGUUGUGGAUAAAAUCUCCAAGCAAUCUUGCUAGCAUGUCCUUCAACUUCGGGACGGUACCUGGAAGUUGUCCUGUUUUUUCUACACCAGUUUUGCAUGUUGAGAAACCCUCAUCAAUAACUUUUGCAACAAACUUGUUGGGAGCGGACGGCAGACCUGACUCGGGUAAAGUCUGCAAGGGGAAUGUGAUAAAUGCACCUGGGGGGGUUGCAGGGGCAGAACAGUGGAAAAGUAAGAUGGAGUCCCCAUGGAGGGAGGUGGCAUGGACUGAGGAUCGCAGGGAGACCCUGAUGGAGUCUAUCAGUUCCUAUAAGCCUGGUUGUGAGGCUUUGUCUGAGGCUCGGGUUCUGCUGCUGGGUCCUGUCGGAGCCGGCAAGUCCAGCUUCAUCAGCUCUGUUCAGUCAGCCUUCACAGGAAGAUUCACUAACCGGGCCAUGGUUGGCUCUUCCUCUGCCAGCUUCACCAAAAAGGUAGAGCUCCAGUUGUUCAACAUCCGUGGGCGGAGUCCAGAGCAGCCUACUGCGCUGGUCCUGUGUGAUGUCAUGGGUCUGGGAGAUGGGGAGAAGACUGGACUAACCCUCCAUGACACUCUGGCUAUCAUCAAAGGCCAUGCACCCGAGGGACACAAGUUCAGUCCUGAGCAGCCUGUGAGAUCAGAGACUGUGGGGUAUGUAAAGAAGCCGUCUCUUAAAGACAAGGUCCACUGUGUCGUCUUUGUGGUGGAUGCUUCUAAAGUGUCCAGCUACACCAAAGGUCUGGGCACCACCUUCCAACAGCUCCGAGAACACAUCAGUGACCUGGGUGUGCAUCAAGUGGCACUGCUGACACACGUGGACCAGGUGUGUCAGGAAACUGCCCGUGACAUCACCCAGGUGUACAACAGUCAGAUCGUUCAGCAGACGAUGACCAACGCUGGGGCUCUGCUUGGCAUGUCCACCUCCUACAUCGUCCCGGUGAAGAACUACUCAUCUGAGCUGGACGUUGCUCAGAACACAGACAUCCUUCUGCUCAGUGCUGUGGACCAUAUCCUGCAAUACGUGGAUCUGCAUUUCCAGGACUGUGCAGCAACAUACCCUAAAUUGUCUCUUUAAAAAGGCUGUGAAAUGCUAUAUAAAAAUGCAUUACAUAUGUUUAUCAUGUUUUAUGACUUGCUUGCACUAUUGUUAACUUUUUAAUUUGAUUUGAUUUGAUUUAAUUGGUCCUUUACAGAAGUCUUGCUUUGACUAAGACAAAUAAGUAAAAGUAAUUUUGAAUGGUG